AUGAUGAAUCGUUCAGGCGAACGCCCCGUUUCGGCCGACCUCGCGGGCAGCAUUUAUCUCAUCACUUCCGACGGCAAGACGCUGAAGCUGCCCAUGCCCAGCAAGUCGCCCCAUGAUCCGCUCAACUGGCCUUUACGGAAGCGGGUCGUUGCCCUAGCCGUCAUUAUGCUCUAUUCGAUUGUGUCCAUGAUGGAGACACAGGCUGUCAGUCUAAUGUAUCGUCCACUUGCUGCCGAGUUCAAUGCUAGUCAACCAGACAAAUACCCCUUGAACACUCUUGUGUCGACACCCAGUACCAUUUUCCUUGGCCUUGGUGCCUUUCUCUGGAUUCCCCUCUCAGUUGCCUUGGGCAGGCGUCCCGUCUUUCUUCUGGCAUCGUGCUGCGUGACUCUCGCCACAAUCCUGGCCGCCAACGCAUCCGGCUUCUAUUCACUGCUCGGAGCACUCAGUCUCCAAGGAUUUUCAGCUGGAUUAAGCUUGAGUGCAGCGAUGCUCAUGGUUAUUGAUCUUACAUUCAUUGACGAGCGGCCGAAUGCUCUGGGGUUCUUUUGGAGCAUAGGUUGUGGUGCUGGCCUCAUUUUACUGACUAUUGUCCCCAGCCUUGCUGCUUCGGGAUGGCGAAACUUCUACUCGGUGUGGAUUGCGCCUUGUCUCGGUAUCUUCAUCUGCAUCUUCUUCUUCUUCCCUGAAACCUAUUUCGUCCGGCCAGCAGUGGCUUUUGAUGGCCACGUUCUAUUACAGGGUGGCUCUGAGAAAGUCAGAAUGUACGACGACUGGAAUCAGGUUCCCGGCGGAAGGACCACGCCUGAAGACGAGCUCGAAGCAGCUCGCGAGUCCACAUGGGCAUAUAUCAUCAGACGAUGGGGGGUUCGCAAAGGCGGAGCAGGUUUCAGGGAAAUGUGGAAUUGCUACCUCCAGACGCUACUCUGUGCGAUCAACCCUCUAGUCUUUUGGGUCGCCAUCCUCAACGCCCUAAACUUUGGUGCCAUGAUCUUUAUUGGCGAGACAUACGCGCUCGUCAUGUCACAACCCCCGUACAGCCUCCCGGAGCGCGUCAUCUCGCUAGUAAACCCUGUUUCGGCCAUUGGAUCAAUCCUUGCAUGGCCUGUUACGACCAUCCUGACUUCCCGUGUCGCUCGCCGUUUGACCCUCCGUAACGGUGGUAUCCGAGAUGCCGAGCACUACCUGAUCGCCUUUCUCCCAGCGGUUCUGACUGGCGCUGGGAGUGCCUUCUUGUACGGAAUUACCGUGCACUACAGCUGGAGUCACGUAUGGAUAUUCGUUUCCUAUCUCCUCAAUGCGUUCAGCGCAGCUGCGUACGGUAUCGCAUCUACACUCUGGGUGACCGAGGCUUUCCCUCUCUGGGCCGCACCGGCCAUGAUUAUCGUAGGAGGAGCGGGGUACAUGUUGAGCUUCGCAACGAGCUACGCUGUCACUCCGUGGAUAAAGUCGCAGGGCUAUCUCGGUGCGAGUUUUGAGCUCGGGGCGAUCCUACUAAUUGUGGGCGGUAUCGCCGUGCCGCUUGCGUUUUGGGGUAAAAGCCUACGGCAAUAUAUCCACGGUUUAUGGGGCGUAUCUCAGGCUGGGGCUCUUCGUCCACAGUAG